AAAUCAUUCUUUUAACAACUACGGUACAAAGUCUGAUUAAUGAAGUAAAAAUAUUAAAAGCUGAUAAAUCAACUACACCAAAAGAUCUUCUAGUACAUGUUAUAGAUAAUAAUAAUCAAACAACCUAUAAAAACGAACUUAAUGAAACAUCUAAAAAUACCAAUACUAUUAAUAUAUCUGAAAAUAACAAAACUACCAAAGCACCUGAAGAAGCUAAUAAAACUAAUAAAACUAAUAAACUAUUGGAGCUACUGAAGCUCUUCACAAUACUA